GGCCUCAACGCGGUGUCAUAAAACACGCCCACCUGCGAUAUCUUCUCCUGCCUCUCUCGCCUCUCCAACACAAAAGCAAGGGAAUGCAGGAAAGCUUCUGGUGACUUCCGUCAGUCGUCAGCGCGCAUUCACGGAGAACCGCUCCUCAACCACGUGCACACACACACACACACACACACACACACGCACGUUAAACAAGCGUUGAUAGGGAGGUAUUCUUUAGUUAGCGUAGAGUAGCAUCUAUCGAUUGUGGUUUCCCCUGCAGAGUUCGGGAAACGUAGGAUUUUAAGAUUUUCUCUUGCCUUUUCUUUUCUUUUGGAGUUCGCUGCCCGGCGCUAUUCCUCUGCCGCUCCUCGGCAAUUACCACCCGAACUUCGUAUUACUAAUUUCUUUUUUCUCGCUUUUCAGAGCCGCUGCACGUCGCAACGCGAGUCAUUCACUUCUCUCGCUUUAUUAAUUAUUAUUUGUAUCUGCACGCGCCAUGCCGAACAACGCCACCGUUGUCCCCGGCUUCUUCCCUUACUUCGGCUUUAUGCUGAAGGACGUGGGCAGCCGUCUCUCCAUCAUCGCUCAUUACAUGCAGACGAAGCGGCACCCCUACCCGGUGAUGCGGCACCAGAACGUGCGCGCCUACCGUGGGAUGCUGCCGUGGACGCAGGACGCCGGCUUCAUCGCACCGAGUGCGUACGUCGUCGGCAACGUCGUACUUGGCCACGACACGACCAUCUUCUACCACUCCGUCCUCCGCAACUACCACACGAAGGACGCGACGGUUGUCGGCGACCACACCGUUGUGAUGGACCGUGUGACGCUGAUGGGGCAGGUGCGCGUCGGGCACACCACGUACAUCGGCGUGGGCGCCUCGCUGGACUGCUGCGAGGUGCACGACAACGUGUAUAUCGGCCCAGGGGCCUCCAUUGCGUUGGGGGCCGUGGUGGAGAACAACGCGAUUGUCGCGGCGGGGUCGGCCGUGCCGAAGGACGCGCGCGUGUACGCGGGGGAGUUGUGGGCCGGCGUGCCAGCGCAGAAGAUUGCGGAUGUCACGGCAGCCCAGAUGAGCGAGCUCACGCACAUGGUGCAUGACCAGGUGAAGGUCGGCAGCGCCCACCAGCAGGCAAUUCAUGAUCACAUCGAGCAGACGAAGGAGCUCGACGUGAACUGGCUGAACGAGGCGGUGAAGUUGAUGGAGGAGCAGCAGAGGCAGGUGGCCAUCAAGCUGCCAAUGGACAUCCCACUUGAGGCGCGCCGCUUCUUGCAGCCGCGUGUGCACAUGCGCCGGCCGGAGAUGCACAUGCGGAUGUCGUACCCCGUGAACCGCACCGCCCCGUGGUUGCCGAAGGCGGGAGAUCAGACCGCCAACUGCUAA